AUGGGAUUUUUUGGCUUUUUUUUUCUUGUUUUUGUUUUGUGUCGUUGUUGUUGUUGUUGGCCUUUUUUUCCCUUUCCCUUUGCAUUACGGUCUCCUUUCUUGCCAAGAAGCUGGGGAAUAGGGGAAUUGCAGGGCAGGGUGUGUGGGAUAUUGUCCUGUGUAUGUGUGUUCGUGAAGCGAGCGCCGAUUAUUAUGUUGCCUUUUGGGCUAGAUGAUAUUCUUCUUAUUGUUGCAUCUGCUUCCCCUCUGCUCUGGGCAAAACGUGGGGAUUUGGUGAGGUCUAGCGUCUACAAGACGGUCUCCUUGUUGACAGGAGAUGACGCAUAUGCGAAACGGAGAGCUGAGGCUGCCUCUCGGAACUGCACGAUACCAUGUGCGUUACUUUCAGGAAAAGAUGCUGAGGAAGUAACGGAAAACGCUUCUGUGAAGAAAGACACAAUUGUCAGUAGCAGUAUUGCUGGCAAGUUUGCUGGGGAUGUUGUGUACGAGUAUCCGUGUGUUCCGCACCGUCGUUUCAAUCCGGUAAAACAUCGUCGUCCACCCGUUAAGGAUCUUCUUCAGUCCUCUGCGAUGGAAGUGGCGGAAAGUCUCAAUAGGUACUCUCUGGCGGAGGUGUAUUGCCUGUAUGAGGCUAUACAGCAAGAGGGUCUUUGGGAGGCCGCGCUGAAUGUGACAGAAGGAGCACAGAUGGGCAGUCAUUAUGCAUACCUCACCAAGAAGAACUUGGAUGCAGCGAUACAGACGCUCCUGUUGGCUGGGAAAACGCAGCGAGCAGUACAAUGCUACCUGGCACAUGCGAGAGAGGUUCUUCUCUCAGAUGAAGUGUUAGUAGCAUUGUUCGAUGCCUGUAGACAUGUUGAGAAAGACAGCCUGGCGCUCUAUCACGCUGUAAAACCUUUUUAUGCUGAAUGGACCCCAGCUGUCUAUGCAUGCUGUCUCACUGUGAAUGCCAAAUUUUGUUGGGAAGAAGCCUUACAACUAUACACUGAGUAUGUGGAGCAGGAGCGGCAGCCACGAAUUCCACGGAUUAUGGCAAGUGUUAUGGGUAAUGCGGGUCACAAGAGUCGUAUAGAAUACUUUGCUGGCGAUGUAAGGUCAUUAAAAAGUCAAAAAUUACAGUUUUUGUAUCAUGUCAUACUUCCUUUGGUUGCUGACCGUCGGGCAGAACGGUUACAAGAAUGUUACGAUCACAUGUUGUUGCAUGAACCAGAUUCUGCCGUGGAUGUACUGCUAAGGUGUCUGCAUACACCAUGCGGUAGAGAACUGGCUGCCAAUUGGCUAAAAACGUCCAAUUCCAAAGUGAAGGAUUCUCCAAUUAUACCGGACAAUUUCGUGGACUUGGCGACUGCACUUUAUUUUAAAAAGCCCAACGUGAUGAACUUCAACUCUUUCCUGAAGAUAAUCAUUGCUCAGGAUCCAACAGUGCUUCCCUCACAUGUUGGGGAGAAGCUACAAGAAUAUGUUUGUCCUCUUACGAUGACAGAGAAUGAUGCUUGUGUUUUGGCUCGCACCCUCACCGACCAAUCAGGACACUGGAAGCUUGCAACACACUUCAUGGCAUCCAUGGUAGUACGCAAGCAGUUUGCUGUUUUUCCACUCUUGUCUUCUUAUGUGGCAAAGCAGGGAAAAUGGUUACUUGCAUCUCGAGCCAUGGCGGCCUGCUUUUCUAACUGUGGUGCCUUUACGCAGGCAGAACUAAGUUUCUGUAUUGAGUCUUCCGUGCUCGCUGGUCGCUGGAAAAGUGCGUUAUUUUGGAUGGAGCGGGCCCAUGCGCAUGGCGUGCGACUUCCAACUGUGGUCUACGAUGAUGUUUUGGGCGCCACGAAACAUUGUUCUUGGGUUGCCGCUCUUCGUGCAGUUGCGUCAAUGCACGAGGCAGGGGGUUUCCCUUCUGAAAAGGGCAUUCUCAAUCUCCUCGAGACAACCGCCUCUCAGGGGGAAGUUCUCAAGGCUCUGCAUGCCAUAACUGCCACUGGAAAGGUUUACUGGACCUUGUAA